AGCAAGUGGGAGCGUCGCCAUGUCGAAGAGGUGGAAAUUUUCAUAACCUAUUUCCUCUUCGAGCUUCGAGGUGCCCACGACGCUGUCCCUGUGCUGGGCCGGUCCCAAGUUGCUCCUCAACAGCCUUGUGCUCAGCUGGGGCGCCGUGAUGCUCGGCAUGGGCUGGGAAAAUGACUGGCGUGUGAUCGUCGUGUGUAGGAUGCUGAUCGGCGUGUUUGAGGCUGGGCUUUUGCGUGUUGCAUGUAUUUGCUGAGUAUUUGGUAUCAGCGGUACGAGGUUCAGCAGCGAAUGGCUUUUUGGUACAUGAUCAACCUGGAUGGUGCUGCUCUUGACGGCGUAUCACAAGAACAAUGCUGCGCGAUACUUUGGCUGUAACACAAACCUGCCGACCAUCAUCGCCUUCCAGUCCAACAAUAUACGUGGGGCCUUGCGACGGUCCAUCGCCAGUGGAGUGCAGAUGCUCUUCGCAGCCAUCGGAGGUGUUUACGCGUCGUGCACCUUUAUGCGGACCGAAUACCCGACGUACCGGACCGGCGGGUGGUGCGGCGUGGUGACGCAGUUCUUGCUGAUUGUGCUUGUUGUGUUGAUGUACUGGUGGUUUAAGAGGCAGAAUGGCAAGGCGGAUCGAGAUGGGGUGGCAAUUCAGGAUGAUGGUGAUUAUAGAUAUAUAUUUUAG